AAUAACUAAAACAUUUUGAUUAGUGGUUUGGUUUUCAGAACUUGGUUUUACUCAAGAAAUAAAAAUCUUGGGCUCACUUCUAUUCCAUGGCGCUGUUGUGACAGAAAACUUGCUAACACUGAAUCAUGUUCUUCCUUUCACUUCAUCCUCAUCUAUCUCUCAACUCAUCAACGCAUUCAUACUCUUACACUUGCAUUUCCUCUUCAUUCAACAACAACAAUCAGAAUCAGCAUCACCAUCCCAAUUCCAUUCCAAUACCCAAAGACCCCAACAAUUCUCAUUAUGAUGCUUCCUCCAUCACCAUCAAAGUCAAAGCUCCAACACCUCCAUGGAUGAAGGGUCCCCUUCUUCUCCAACCUCACGACGUCCUUGACCUCUCUAAGCCCAAAAACAAGAGGCUCAGCAAGCGCCACAUGGAUAAAGAAGAAGAAGAAUCUGAGCGUGUUGAUAAGGCCCUCCAUGGGAAAGAGGUCAGAGGGAAGAAGGUCAUGAAGAGAAUCGCCAGAAGGAUUGAGAGACUUCGGAGAAAUCGUAAUUCAGCUGAGACCCAAUUGAGUUCUUCUGCAAAAGAAGAAAGCUUUGGAGGGUAUUUGGAGAAAUUGGAGGAGAAUGUUAUGGUUAGGAGCAAGGAGAGAAUGCCUUGGGAGAGGAAUGUUUCUGUGAUGGAUUCUUCAGCAAAAGAUAAAAACUUUGAUGGGUAUUAUGGUAAAUUGGAGGAGAAUGGUGAUGAUGAUGAGGAGCAGGUUAGGAGGAGUAAGAGGAGAAUGCCAUGGGAGAAGGAUGAGAAGAGUGUUUUGUUUGCGAGGUUGAAGAAGGAAAAGCCCGUGACUGCUGCUGAUUUGACUCUUGAUGAAGUGCUUCUUAAGAGGCUUAGGAGUGAGGCUGCAAAGAUGAGAAUUUGGGUGAAGGUUAAGAAACUUGGUGUUACACAAGACGUUGUGGAUGAAAUCAAAAGGACUUGGAGGAACAAUGAGCUUGCCAUGCUUAAAUUUGACAUCCCCUUAUGCAAGAAUAUGGAUAGAGCUCGAGAAAUUGUUGAGAUGAAGACUGGUGGUUUGGUUGUUUGGAGUAGGAAGGAUACUCAUGUUGUAUACCGAGGAUGCAAUUAUCAGUUGACUUCUAGAAGUUCUCCAAAGGUUUAUCCUCGCUAUAUUCAUGGACAAACUAAAAGUCCUUAUGUAACGAACAUGGUGGAGUCAGUUAAAUCCAACAAUACUAGUGACAUGCCAAGCCGGAAUGGUAACAAUAAUGCUUCCACAUCAACUUGCAUUCAAGAAGUGCAUUGCAGUGGAUCAUUGUAUGAGAGGGAGACUGAUAGAUUAUUGGAUGACUUAGGACCUCGGUUCGUUGAUUGGUGGUAUCCCAAGCCACUUCCAAUAGAUGCUGAUCUACUUCCAGAAGUGGUUCCUGGAUUUAAGCCUCCAUUUAGGCUGUGUCCACCUUAUUCAAGUGCAAAAAUUACUGAUUAUGAGUUAACAUUCUUCAGGAAGCUUGCUAAACCUUUGCCAGUCCAUUUUGUCCUUGGAAGGAACAGAAGACUUCAAGGCUUAGCUGCUGCUAUCCUAAAGUUGUGGGAGAAGAGUCUUAUUGCAAAAAUUGCUAUCAAGUUUGGAGUUCCAAAUACCGACAAUGAAUUGAUGGCCAAUGAACUAAAGCUUCUAACCGGGGGAGUUACAUUGCUGCGUAACAAGUAUUACAUAAUUCUCUACAGGGGAAACGAUUUCCUUCCUAGCAAUGUUGCAUCUUUGGUGGAAGAGAGAGAAUUGGAACUUAAAAGUUGCCAACUUUCUGAAGAAGUUGCACGGAUGAGAGCAAAUGAAGCCGUUUCUUCUAGUGAUUAUGCACAACAAGAAACAAGUACAAGUGGAACUUUAACAGAAUUUGAGGAAAUCCAAACGAAGCUUGAGGAUGUAAAAAAUGGCAAUGCAGAUUUAAAUAUUCAACUGGAAGCAGAAAUAUAUAGAUUGGAGAGGCAAUUGAAAGAGCAACAGCGCAAAGCUUUAAUUAUUAGCAAGAAAACAGAGAGAUCGACAGAGGAACUAGCAAAGUUAGAUGCUGCAUGGACUCCUGCAGAGAAGGAUGCAGACGUAGAAAUCAUGACUGAUGAGGAGAGACAAUGUUUCCGAAAGAUAGGAUUGAAGAUGAGUGGUUUAUUAGUGCUUGGUAGGCGUGGAAUCUUUGAUGGUGUAUUGGAAGGCCUACACCAGCACUGGAAACACAGAGAAGUUGUAAAGGUCAUCACAAAGCAGAGACUAAUCAGUCGGGUCAUAUACACUGCGAAAAUGCUGGAGACUGAGAGUGGUGGAAUCUUGGUUUCAGUUGACAAACUCAAAGAGGGGCAUGCAAUCAUUAUCUACCGUGGUAAAAACUAUAAAAGGCCUUCAGAAAAGGUAGCAAAAAAUCUCCUAACCAAAAGAAAAGCAUUGCUAAGAUCUCUUGAAAUGCAGAGACUCGGAUCACUGAAGUUUUUUGCUCAUCAGAAACAGCAGACUAUCUCCGAUUUGAAGCUAAAAUUGGGUGAACUGCAGCAGAAAAAGGAAGCCAAGCAGCGCAAAACUGACAAUUAAUGCGUGCAUAUCUAUGCUGCCAGAGUUUACAUUGAUAACUGGUGUAGAAUGUAUUUCAUUGUUUUAAACUUAUUCUUUUAUUUUCUGCAUAUGUCUAGGCUGUUAAGAUAUUGAGGACUGAUUAUAAACCCUCGGAUUUGAAUAUCCUCUAUGCUGAUUGCUGAAUGAUCCUCAAAUCAUAUAGCUCUCUUAGUUGAAGUUUCGCUGCAUGAAAAAUAGAUCAUGGAAAAAGGAAGCAAAGACUUUCUUUACAACAAA